UCAAGCUCAAGACACCAGAAUACAAAAUUACACAAGUUAAAUUUUCCUAAAACAUUACAACAACACGAUAUAAAUUCACAAAAAACAAACACAAUGGAUGAGGGGUGCAAAGAAUUAUCUGACAAAUUGGGGAAACAAUCACCAUUCUGCUCAGAGGGGAAAACUGACAAACAUACAAAAAAUAAAACUAAGUCAGCCUGUCCGGAAAGUUCAUCCGGAAUUGGUAGAGACGCAUUCGGAAGAAAGCUUUGCCCAGAUAAAGUACAGGAGAAAAAUAAUAUAGAGUGUCACGAAUCUCGUAAGAACUUUUUCGACAAAGAUAAACCCAAGGAGAAAUUAAAUGAAAUCAAUUCUAAAACGGUUAAAGAAGCCAAUUGCGAAGACGUGUCCAAGAAACGGAAUGUAUUUAAAUGUAAAGCCACUUCAAAGAAUAGCUGUUGUUCUUCAUCUUUAAAACCUGCUACUGAAUGUGACAAGACAGAUGUUCCGAAGAACAAAAGCGGGUUUUGUGAGCACGAAGGAAAACACACCGUAUUUAGCCUUAAACAAGUAACGCCUUUGGAAGACACUAUUAUAAAGAUGCCACAACCAAAAUUAUUCGCGAUGGAACCUUGCAUACCCCAAGUGGAAGAGAGUACCAUAGCAAGCAAACCUAGUUGUAAACUUCCGAAAAACUUCUGUCCACAAUUGAACAAACCUCUCAAAGCGGAAUUCUUUUGUAUUGACGCUAGGAACAUGAAACUAAACGACUGUAUGAAACAAUCGGUGAAAACCAAUAAGGUGGAAAUAGAUACGCAAUGUUCCGAAUUGUCGAGAGUGAAGACGACCGCAGUUGAAGCUUCUACGUCUGGCAUGAGUAGAGCUGGGUUUGUGGCGCCAAGGCAUCGACAAAUGUUUGGAAGAUGGGUGCCGACGGCUGGUGUGUAUGCUGCUGUCGCCGUCGCCAUGACGUGCUGGGUAACUGAAUGGGGAGCGAUAGCAAGGCACUUACCCUUCUACAGACAACCUAAAGAGGAAGAAACCCCUCAAGAUACUCCUACAACAUCAGAAUCCUGAGUUUUGGACUUCCUUGAUGCGAAGAAAUUUUAAAUUGCAACCAAAAGACGGUAAUUUUCAA